AUGAAAACACUCUCUUUACUCCUCUGUAUUUCCUUUAUUUUCCUCUCAUCCGCCUCCCCCAUCACCAACCCAACCAACCUAACCGCGCGCUCUCCCCCUCAAAUCCCCACCCACGAGCGCCGCGGCAUCGCCUAUAACAACGCCAAACUACUGUCUCUCUUUGCCCAACCCGGCUCACACAUUACAUGGCGCUACAACUGGGACUCUUCAACCGCUUCAUCCCCGACCAUUUUCGACUUCACCCCCAUGCUGCACUCUGUGCGCUCCGACCACACAAAAGUCUGGAAAACCAACGUCGAAGCCGUAGUGCAGAAGAACUGGGAAAAGGGUCGAGCAACGUGGGUAUUGGGCUUUAAUGAGCCGGAUGAUUGCAUGUAUCCACUUGCUGCGUCCAAUCGUAAUGUGUACCUUGGUUCUCCGGCUGUUACGAAUGCGCGGGCAACUGAUACUUCGGGGCCGGGCUGGUUAGCACGGUUCCUACGCGAGUGCACUGGGUGUACUAGUGUUGAUUUUGUGAACAUUCACUGGUACGGCGUCGCCAACGUGCAUUCCUUCAAAGCGUACAUCGAUGCAACGAGAAAGGUGGCGCAGGGCCGGCCGAUUUGGAUUACGGAAUUCAAGCCUGAGGGGACGGUGGAGCAGAUUCGCCGGUUUCUCGAGGAGGCGAUGCCUUGGAUGGAUGAGAGUCCGGAUGUGCAUCGGUAUGCGUAUUUCAUGGCAACACCUGGGGAGGGGUUCUUGGUUGAUGGAAAUGGGGGAGCGUUGAGUGAGAUUGGGAGGACAUUUGCUUUCUUCCAUAGGCACUGA